AUGGCUCAUUCUUACUUUCGUUUAAGUCGUCAUUAUAUAAUAAUAAUUCAAAUAUUAAGCACUUAAUCGUACUUUAAAAUUACGUACAUAUAUAUAUAAAAAUCAUAUAUUACAUAUAUGUAUACUUUAAGUUAUCUAGCAUUAUUUUAACUCUCUUAUCGGUACGAACGCAUAGGCAAUCGGAUCGUUUAAACUUCUAAAUUCUUACUCUCGUAUUGCUUAUGGGUUCGUCGAGGAUUAAUUAACUGUAAGAUAAAUAAGAACCGGAUAUUUGUAAAGGCCCUUGCACGUGCACUGUCGGAUGAUUAAAGAAAUGAUAUCUCGUCAACUGAAUCCUCAAAGAUUCAAACGGAACGGUUCUAAAACAAAAUCUGCUAUUAUCAACACGACGGCGACAGAAUGUCGCGCCUAAAGAAAUACAAUACGAAAUUAAUCCGCGUAAUAUCCGGACUGCGUGUCGGAAGAUCAGGUGAACCAUAGCUAGGCAUUUAACAUAAACAGUUCGUAAGAUAUAUCCAUUUCACGUUGGCGACGAGAUGUCGCGCCCAAGAAAUAAUUAAGAUUGAUAAACCGGCGAGAUAUUUGGUAGUGAAAGCGAUCCUAGCCGAAAAGUAUCCCGGAUCAAAUGAUCGACGAAAUCCUAGACGAGAUGUCUCCGAUAAACAUCCGCACACGUGCAAACGGUCUCACGCGCCUUAUCAGCGACCCCCGAAACUUGGUUCCCGCCAAGCCGCCGAAUCACUCCCACUCUUACCGACUCUUGCGCUUCGCGCGUGUUCCCUACUCCGGAGCGCUAGCGGCCGCUGAGCGCAGCGCCGAUUUUGCUCGAUCCCUUUGUCCGCGCCCUAUUUAAAUCCGCGCACAGACGCCGGAUCAUUCAUUCUCUCAUUAUUUUUCGACACUCGUUCAGUACUAAUUCAGCGAUUAAGUCAGUCAUUAGUUCUCGGUCACGCGUCACUCUUCAAUCUUCAAGUUAUCUGCAACCUCUCUCGUACUUCGCGAUCAACUCAUUGUUAAUUAAGUUAACCAGUGCGUGCUCCGACAGACUGCUACCACCAACAUAUCUCUGGGACCAUCUUCAACUGUCAAACCACAUCAAUCAUUUAAUUAUUAGUGGACCAAACUAUUGCUUCAAACCAUAUUAUAACUCGUACAACCCUCUCCCCUCCCUUGUGCCGCGAUGAAUUCCACAACACCUAAAACCAUCAAGAAAAAUCGCCACCGCGCUGGGAAAAGGAAAAGAGCAAAAAUCCUCAAGGCUCAACAAAAAGCCCUAGAGCGGGCUUUCGAGGAGAUUGAGAAUUUCGUGGGCUACCCGCUGGAACACACCCCCCUUCCUCCUCCAGUCACAGACGCUCCGCCAGGAAGAGCGAUCUCUUCCUUUGAUCUGUUCCAAGAAGACACCGUCCCUUUGGAAAACUAUAACCAGUUAACGUCUAACGCGCCCGAAAUAAUCACGCUUAGCGAUUCCGAUCACGAUUCUCCGGAGUUGGAACCUUUAGAUCCAACUGCGGAAUACCAUAGCGAUGCAGUAGCGCAGAUUAUCAUAUUUCCGCCAGAGAAUUAAAUAAUACAUGUAAUAAUCCUAUACGUUGUUUUAUUAAUAAAUAUAUACAUAUAUAUAUAUAUCCAGAUUCAUUAAUCUUAACUACAUCAAGGUCAUACUAACCAAAUCCUACAAGGUUUUCCAUCGGCAACAAGCUCUCGCCAUACCCGGGUAGAGUUCGUGUAAGCGGGCUGCCCGAAAUUUGAAAGGAGAGCUCCCGCGUCGGUCAGGCGACCGAGGCGUCGCGACGCACACAUUGAGAAGAAAUAUCCCUAGACCCGGACGUUAC